GACCGGGACGAGGCGCCGGUGUGGAAGUACAAGCGUCGCGGGGAGCGGGGGGCUGUGCCGCCCCGGUGCCGCGGUGAGAAGUUGCGCGCCCUGCCCCGCGCCGGAGCGGCGCUGAGCCCCGGCCGAGCCACCGCGAUGGUGCAGCAGACCAGCACGUCGGAGAACACGGAGGCGCUGCUGGCCGCCGCCGAGACCUCCGACUCCGGAGCCGGCAUCGAGUUGGGCAUCGCCUCCUCCCCCACGCCGGGCUCCACCGCCUCCACGGGGGGGAAGGCGGACGACCCAAGCUGGUGCAAGACACCCAGCGGGCACAUCAAGCGCCCCAUGAACGCCUUCAUGGUGUGGUCGCAGAUCGAGCGGCGGAAGAUCAUGGAGCAAUCCCCGGACAUGCACAACGCCGAGAUCUCCAAGCGCCUGGGCAAGCGCUGGAAGCUGCUCAAGGACAGCGACAAGAUCCCCUUCAUCCGGGAGGCGGAGCGGCUGCGCCUCAAGCACAUGGCGGACUACCCCGACUACAAGUACCGGCCCAGGAAGAAGGUGAAGUCGGGCAACAGCUCCGCCAAGCCCGGCGACAAGGCGGACAAGGGCGGCGGGGGCGGCGCGGGCGGCGGCCCCGGCGGCCCCGCUGCCCCGGCCAAGCCCGCCCCGAAGAAGGGCGGCGGCGGCGGCGGCUCCAAGCCCUCCCCCGCGGGCGCCAAGCCCCAUGGCAAGGCGGCGGGCGGCAAGGCUGCCCCGUUCCCCGGGGAGCCGCCGGCCGCGCUGCUGCCGCCCGAGCACCAGGCGCUGUACAAGCCCCGCGGGGCGGCGGCGGGGGGCUCGCCCUCGGGGGCCGGCAAGCCGCUGGCGGAGAAGAAGCUGAAGCGGGUGUACAUCUUCGGCAGCGGGCAGGCCGCCUCCGCCUCCCCCGGCGGCGCCGUGCCCGGCAGCCCCACGCUGAGCAGCUCGGCGGAGCCCGGCGACCCGCUGAGCCUCUACGAGGAGGGGGGCGGCGGGGCGGGACGGCCCGACGGGGACUGCGGUGGCGCCGCCUGCCCCUCGCCCCCCGGCUCGGGGUCGCCCUCGGACCACCGCAGCUACACCAGCCUGCGCGCCUCCUCCCCUGCACCCUCGACGGCGCAUUCCUCCUCCGCGUCCUCCCACUCCUCCUCCUCGUCCUCCUCCGGCUCCUCUUCGUCGGACGACGAGUUCGAGGACGACCUCUUGGACCUGAACCCCAGUCCUGGCUUUGAGAGCAUGUCCCUGGGCAGCUUCAGCUCCUCGGUGCUCGACCGGGACCUGGAUUUUAACUUCGAGCCCGGCUCGGGCUCGCACUUUGAGUUCCCGGACUACUGCACGCCGGAGGUAAGUGAGAUGAUCUCGGGGGACUGGCUGGAAUCCAGCAUUUCCAACCUGGUCUUCACUUACUGAGCCGAGAGCCGGGCCCUGCUGGAGGAGGCACAGACGCGCGUUGUCGGCAGGACUCGCCCGACCCCGCCGGGACGCUUUGGUUUCGGUGUUGCUUUGGUUUGUUGUUUUAUUUUGUUUCUUUGGGGGAAGGGGCUGCCGAGACUGCUGCUUUUGCUCGGGGGAGCGGGAUCGCCCUCUGCUCGCAGAAAGGCCAGCAGUCCCCUUCCUCCGGCUGGAGACGGACCCGCACGCACCCCCUCCGAGAGCGGUGCUUUUUCAGAGACCGGUGGGAGCGAAAGACGUUCUUUUUCCUUUUUAUUUCCUGAAAAGAGAGACAGAG